UGUGUAUGAAUGGAGAUCACAGAAGUGACCUUCCUUUAGGAGUUUUGCCUUACCUUUUUCAUGUUGUGAGCGGGAUUAAUAUUCGCGAUGUCGGAUAAAAAAUUGUCCACCCCGAAGCCGAAAUAUGACUGGCCCGAGUCCCCCACCUUCGGCGUCAAGCCCAUGAGCAUCCGGGGGAUAUUCGAGAGCGAACGCCACCGACUGACGGACGAGUUCACGGACGAAGAGCGAGCGUGGAGAAAGCAGUGGAUCGAGGACCAGAAGUUGGCCGCCAACGAACCGAGGCCCCUGCUCCCGGAAUGGGAAAAGGAAUUCCGGAACCCGAUCCGGAGAGCCCUGUCCAAGCCCUGGCAGCUCAUGGAGAAGGGGAUGGUUCCCAUCUUGGGCAAGACGGUCUCCUCCCACAUCCGAUUCCUGGUGCCCAAGUUCAUCGUGCUGACGAUGGCCACCUACGUGACCUGGUACCACCUCAAGUACAACCAGAACGACUGGACCAGGGCCUACGGCUGGCAGGUGGUCAUGCCCAAGAAGGUGGCCUUCCCCGGGGAUCCCGACUAUCCGGUCAAGAGGGAGAGGUUCCUGCCCAGCGACUACAACGACCGCGGCUUCAAGGACCGGAAGGUCUUCUUGGAUAAUUGACUCUUCUCGCCGCCAGAGUUCACUGUAGAUUAUUAUUGUGUAUGCAAAUAAAAGUUGGUUUGAGUU